UAAACAUCUUACACAACAUGCACCAAGUUUGAAAUGAUCACAGAUAUUAGCGCUUGAUAUAACACGAUUUCCCUCGUAUUUUCCAUGAUAUUUGCAGACGACAUGGACGUUUCGGUGUUGUACAAGUCUGCGGCGCUGGACCUGGGGAUCCAGUGGGUUUGCUGGGCGGUGGCAGUGGCCUUCAGCACCGAGAAGUUUUUCGAUCUAGCCGGGUCGGCAACCUACGCUCUCCUGGCCUAUUUGUCUCUGCAGUGGGGAGGUGGGCACUUCACUAGGCAGAAGGUCCAGACGACCCUAGUGCUGAUCUGGGCAGUACGUCUGGGCUCCUACCUGUUCCUGCGAGUGAUGAGGGAUGGGAAAGAUGUCAGGUUUGAUGAAGCGAAGAGAAACCCUGUCCAUUUCCUGGUGUUCUGGACCCUCCAGGCCGUGUGGGUGUUCAUCACCCUCCUGCCAACACUUAUCCUGAAUGCCAAAACUAGGGACAGGAGUCUGGGCUUUCAGGACUACCUAGGCUGGACCAUCUGGACUGUAGGACUCCUGCUGGAGGCUGUGGCUGACUAUCAGAAGUCUGUCUUCAAGGCAGAUCCUGAAAACUCAGGAAAGUUUAUCCAGUCCGGACUGUGGAGUAUCAGCCAGCACCCAAACUACCUUGGAGAGAUCAGUCUGUGGCUGGGUCUGUACAUCACAGCAGCCGGGGUCAUGUCAGGCUGGGAACACAUCAGUCUGGUGUCUCCCAUGUUUGUUGCCUUCCUGUUGUUAAAAGUCAGUGGUGUUCCCCUGUUAGAUGAACUGGGCAUGAAGAGAUGGGGGAACAACCCAACAUAUCUGGCCUAUAGGCAGAGGACAGCAGUUCUGGUGCCUUUUGUGUGGUAAUACAUGUAUUUAUAAUGAUACAGUCACUAUAGUAAUAGUGUGCUUGAUACAUAAUUUGUGAUCGGCAAAUGAAGCAAGCUUUGAUGCAUGUAUAAUAAUGGGGUAGUGUUUUUACCUCAGACACAAAUACAAAUUUCAGCAUAUACCGGUACAAAAAUUUCUAUAGUCUUUUUUGGUGUAUUUUUUUUCCCCAUGUUUGUUGCCUUCCUGUUGUUAAAAGUCAGUGGUGUUCCCCUGUUAGAUGAACUAGGCAUGAAGAGAUGGGGAAAUAACCCAGCAUAUCUGGCCUAUAGGCAGAGGACAGCAGUUCUGGUGCCUUUUGUGUGGUAAUACGUGUAUUUAUAAUGAUACAGUCACUGUAGUAAUAGUGUGCUUGAUACAAAUGUGAUCAGCAAAAUUAAUGAAGCAAGCUUUGAUGCAUGUUUAACAAUGGGGUAGCUUUUUUACCUCACAAAUACAAAUGUCAGCAAUUGAAGCAAAGUCCUUUGAUGCAUUUAUGACAGUAGGGUAGCUUUUGUAAUUUAUCCCUAUGUGCUGUAGGUCAACAUGAACUCAAAGACCUAAUGUAACUUGUUGAUAGUAAUAUACACUGUAUUCAAGCUUGAAUACAG